AUGUCACUAACAAGACGCGAAACGAUAAAAGUUCCGAAGAAAUCUUUAAUUUCAAGGCCGGUCAAAAGUUCAUCUUGCACUAUCCCAUCGGAGAUACUUACAUUCGACUACUCUUACGGUUACAAUUGCAAGCGACCCUUCAACCUGUGCAAAAUCGAUGACAACGUGCUCGUGUUCGCCUCGGGAAACCUAAUACACUUCUUCGAUGUAACAACGCAAACCGUCACCACACGGAGAAGCUCGACGGGAGGCGGUAUCGGUUGCAUCCAAACAAAUCCCAAUCCGGAGCUGCGUCAUCUCACGGUAGGGGAGAAUGGCUCCAAUCCGCCGAUCAUCAUCUACCAGUAUCCGGAGAUGGUCGUGGUGAAUAUACUGAAAAACGGAACCGCGCAGGCGUACAGCCGGGUGGAUUACAAUGCCGACGGGGAGCUGCUGGUUUCGCAGGGUUGCGAUCCAGAUUACAUGCUGACUGUGUGGAACUGGCGAGACGGGGAGAUUAUACUGCGCUGCAAAUCAUUCUCGAAUGACGUGAUAAAUGUCAUGUUUUCUCCUUCCGUUCCCGGGCACCUGACAUCGUGCG